AUGGCCACGCUUUCGUGCCUGCUUAUGCUAUUGCAGAUUGUUCAAUACUCACUCACGUCAACGUCUGCGCAGAUCACACCUCGUCCAAAUGAAUAUCCAGACGCGGCACUUGGAGAGAUUGAACAACUGUGGAAGCGGGGCACCAACGUCUGUGAUGACCAAGGCAUCUUCCAUUGUCCAACAGGCACUUGCUACGAGUACCACGGGUCAAUAGGUUGCUGCUCAGUAUCAAGCUGUGCGCCUCGCACGACUUGCAUAGAGCACAUCGAAACUCUCAUCACUGAGCCCUGCGACCGAAAUACAGGUGGAUGCUUGUACUGCAACAAUCCGGCGGCACCGCACUGUCGCACCCAGACAAACCCACUGAACAGCCAGUACAACCACUACUGCGACACUAUUGGAGGUACCAUUACGGUAACCACCGGGACUUUUGCAAAACCGACCACUGUCGCAACGUCUACCAGCAUCUCGACAAAGACCAUGGCCGCCAUGGAGACAGCCUCGGCCGCCGCAAGCCCUGGACAUUCUCUUUCUUACGGUGCCAUUGUAGGAACUGCUUGCGGCGUCAGCGCUGCGGUGCUCCUCGUCGCUGCAGCACUCUGGUAUAUCCGAUCUCGAAAGCGUGGACAACACGAGGAGGAACAGGAGAAACAUCGAGGGGCUACCGACGAAAUACCAGCGUCUGAGAGUCGCGAUGGAAAUGAGCAAGCACCAAAUAAGGACCAAGCCACACGUCAAGCUGCAGCUAUAAUGGCACCUACCUCUUGUGGCGACCACGACACGGCUAAGCAGUCGACAGACAACUUAGGAUCACCAACUUCCACUUUGGCCUACAUGCCAAAAGAUGGCACACGAUACACAGUCACGAAUCCAGACUUGAACCCGAUCUCGCCUACCGACAGCUCGAUUCGCGACUUCAAGCCGAGCCAUACCUCAGCAGUGGAAGCGCCCUCCGACCGGCCUGUGAUGGCGAAACGUCCAUUCAUCCCCGUCAGCGAAUCGAACAUUACCGCACCUUCUCGCACCAAUUCCGCUUCACAAUUCCCCAGCCCGAUAGCAGCUCACACACCAUAUACGCCUUCUCAGUACCACCCGAGCGCACCGAACAGCAUCGCGAAGCCUUUCUUGCAGCCGCCAAGCUUACCGCAAGACUACUCCACAGCAACGUUUGCUUCUGAUGCCACUAGAGUGCCAGCAGGCUUGUAUACCCCGUCCAACUAUCAGCCUGGAGCACCUGGGAGUGUAGCCAGGACAGCACCACCCAAUUUGCCGCAAGAGUACUCCGCAGCGACACUUCCGUCGGAUAACCCAGAUGGAUCUCCCAUCUAUCGCGGCUUGAGGAGUUCGAGUUCUAGUGCGUUCCCGCCAUAUGCGUACCUGAGCCCUGAGGAUGCUCUGGCUGGAGGCUGGACGAACGACAGCCCUCCUCAUGGUGAGCACUGA